GUGCAUAGCUGAAGCACGUACCUGUCAUGAGGAAGAGUGAGGGCAUGCAUGACACCACAAAGGGGAAUGCAUGCACUCAGGAGCCGGAUAUCAUCAGGCAGAGGCCCGAGCAGCUUCUGAGCGACGUAGAGACCACAGCAAAUGCUCCCGUUCCACCUGCACCCCGAGAACUCUCAGCAGAUGGCCUGCCCUCCGAAUUUAUGGCAUGCACACACCAGGUUACUUGCGAUUCGCUCUUCACCAUACGCGGUUCUCCCCCGUCGGUUUUCGUCCUCCUUGUUGGCGCCUCUUCUCGGUGCCCUGGGAGCGUGCCUCCCCGGUGGCAUCUCUGUGCCUCUGCCCAUGUGUCCCUGACUUUCGCCUGCAGGCCUGUGUGCCUCAGUUUCACCCCCGACUCUCGUCCUCAGCUGAGGGCAAAGCGACCGCCAGCCCAGCUCGUGAUCCGGAUGCGCCUGAAAUCCUCCUGUGCGGAGACAGUCUCCCUCUGGCCUUCCUCUGACCCUGGCUCCCAUCCCGGGAACUGGCGGGAAGCGGGACCCACCGUGGCACCCAGCAGACCCUCAUGCCUGCCCGCACCUGUCCCCAGAGGGUUGGGUCCACCCGGCUUGUUCAGCCUGCUGGUCCUCCCUGGACCACUACUAAGCUGACUCCCGCAGCUGUGUAGGAACAGGCAGGAAUGGUCCAGUGAGAAAAGAAAGCAGGCUGACCAGUUAGGAGGAGAUUUGAAUACUUGGUGGUAAAGUAGCCAGAAAUAAGGGUUGUCUAAAUGAGCAUGUCUGCAGCAGCGGGAUGAGCCGAUGCAGAGAUUCCUGCCGGGACGGCCUGCCUUGUGACACCUGCGCCAGGGAGCAGCCUCAGCGGCCCUCUGCCACAGGACGAGACCCUACAAGACGAGUUCUUCCAUCAGCAAAGGAAACAAUGGGAGGAAAUCUAAAGCACAGUACAGCUGCCAUAUAUUCUUUUCCAGUUAAAAGCACCUUACCUGGGUUUCUGGGUGGCUGCAUGAGGUGGUAAAUAUAGAUAAAGAAACCUGUCAAAAAACGA